UUACAUUCUCAACAAAAACUCGCUGAUUUGAUCUCUCGUCGAUAUAACAAUAGAGGUGUCUUACGCGUGAUCUGAAACCUAGAUUCGAUUCAGUCAGAACUUUUGUCGAAGAUGGAAAGACAAAUCAUGGCUUCUUCUAAAAAGGUACAACGGGAAGAGAAUACGAAAGAGGAAUAUUUACCAAACAAGCAAGUUUCAGAUGAAUCAGAACAACUUGAGAAGAGUUGUUUGACAGAAGAAGAAGAUGCGUGUUUGUCUGAUGCUAGUCAUAGCAGUAAGAAGACGAUAAGGGAAGAUGCAAUUUGUGAAUCAAAGAAUAGAAAGAAGUAUAAGCCAAGCAACGAAUCUGGAUUCAACACGUUAUUUGAUGAUGACUGGCUUUUUGGUAACAAUCAGCAAAAGAAUGUUGUUACCACUAAUAAAGCCGCUAUCAAGAACGAUGCAGAGAUGAUCAUGAAGUUGCUGCAGAGAUCAUGUGGAGAUUCCUUGUUUCCUAGCUAAGGCCCAGUUUUCGCCUCAAUUCGGAAUAUUUGUAUUACCAUAUACAGUUCCGUUCUAACUGUCUCUGUAUUGUUUUCUCAUCCCUCGAUCGGAUUUAGCCUUAGCCUGUGAUCUAUUCGGGUAUGUAUAUUUCAUAUCCUAUCAUGAAUAUCUCUGUUAACUCGUAAUCUGUAUAAUUUUUUGUCGUACAAGAGUUUCCUUUUUGUAGAUUUCCUUUUCCUUGUAGUAUUGGUUAUCUACUUAUCUUGUAGUCUCACAUUCUUAUCAUGAAUAUCUCUAUUUACUCAUAUUUGUAUAUAAUUUGUUGUACAAG